AUGGCGAAAAUCGCGCUGCUCUUGUCGUUGGUGCUGGCGGCUGUAAGCCAUGCCCAGAACGCUUCUCAGACAAGCUGGAACAAUGUCACAGGCACGUCAAACACGCCUUUCCCUACGGAUGUGGGUUUCGCUGGCCCUGUUGCCUACGGCAUUCCUCCUCUGCGCUCGCAGGUCGACAAAUUGAACUCUACCGAGUUCCAGGGCAACAACUACGGCGUAGAAAUGCGCUGGAUUCCUAAGGAUGCGGACAAGGAUCACGCAACGUCAGAUGAUAUCUUCCGUAACCUGGGCACUACGUCGCCCUAUCAUGUUGCUGACGAUCUCUUCCCGGAGACCAAUGCGUACCGAACGAUGCCGGACCAGUGUGAGAUCAAGCAGGUGCACAUUCUUCAUCGCCACGGUGCUCGGUACCCGACGAGCAGCUCGCACGAAGCCACAUCGGUGUUCGGUGCUGCUGUGAGCAAUGCGACAAAGGCCGGUACACUCGAUGCCACGGGCGAUAUGGCCUUCUUGAACUCGUGGAACUUCUCCAUCGGUGUCGAAGUGCUGGUACACCAGGGUGCCCAGGAGCUCUUUGACUCAGGAACGAAGCACUACUAUGACUACGCACGCCUCCUCCAGAACUACACUGAUAAGCUGGUGCUGCGCACGACGUCCGAAAGCCGUAUGCUUGAUACGGCACGUUACUGGAUGUUGGGCUUCUUUGGCUGGGAUGCGCCAUCGCGUGCGAAUCUUGAGGUGCUUACCGAGGCCGACAAGCAGAACAACACUCUUGCAUCGUGGUUUGGCUGCCCAAACAUGAACUUGGACUCGUUCUACAUCGAAUGGGAGAAUUACGAGUACGACAUUGACCUGCAAUUCCAGGGCGAUUAUGGCUUUAUGAACCCGGCAGGCAAGGCGCAGGGCGUCGGCUGGGUCGUUGAAUUCCUGGACCGCCUGACGAAGAGCCAAUUCAAAGGCCCUGUGACAGGUCAGAACACGACGUUGGACGGCAACACAACGUACUUCCCAUCGAUGCAGCCGCUGUACGCCGACUUUACGCAUGACGACAUUAUUCACUCGGUGCUCACGUCGCUGAACGUGACGCAAAUUAGUGACUUUUUGCCUACGACGAAGCCUGAUCCUAAGCGCCGUUACCGCUCGAGCCGCGUGACGCCGUUUGCUGCGCGUCUCGUUUGGGAGGUCAUGGACUGCCAAGAGAACAACGCAACCACGAGCUACAUCCGUGGAAAGAUCAAUGAGGCCGUCAUUCCGCUGAAUCAGGACCAGGGUUGCUCGCCUCGUCCCGAUGGUCUGUGCAAGCUGCAAGACUUUGUGUCGCACCAGCAAGAAUCAGCCGUCCGUGAUGCCAAGUUCGAUCUAGUGUGCUUCGGCCAGAACGGUACUGACUUCACUGUUACGGGUCCUGUUCGCAACGGUACCAUUUAA